AUGCGGCGUCGGGGUAAGUCAGUCCUUCAUUUCCAACUUCACAAGAGACUACCCAUCAUCCAAUCCAACGAUUCCUACGGCCAGACUCUCUCAGCGAUGUACGCAGAUGGCCUCUGUCGCAACUGCCUUGUUGUAUUAUUCGUCUGGGCUCGUGUAUCACCUCAUAUAGCAAUUCAUUCUGAUGCAUGGAACCAUCCAAAGCGCGGCCUCGACCACAGGCUACCGCUGCCCGACAACAUCCCCAAGGUCCCCUUUGGGCCCCCUAUCCCAACGGCCCCGACCUCGAUGACCCACCUAGUGUGUUGCCCAAACCCCGACGGAGGCCGUCCGUUCAUGGAGUGCCUGGACAAGCCGUGGUGGGUGAAGCACGCCCUCGUCGAGAAUCUGGCGAGGGCCAACGCGGCCCACGGCAUGCACUUCCAAGAGCUCGUGCAGGCCUGCUGGGCGCUGGACCAUGAUUUGCAUCGCAACCAGUUUUUGGCUGAUUCAUGCUGCAUCGCCGGCAUCAUCCUCGUCACCUUGGGCCUCGAUGAAAUGGUGAGCGUCACUCCCAAUUACUGCCUCAUCAUGCCUGCUACCAUCGAUGAAAAUACCGGAAGGCCCGUAGGCAUCGAAGUCAAGGACUGCAUGAAGGUCGGCAAGAAGAUCUACACCGCCGCCUGGGCCACGGAUCCCGACUUCUCGGCCCGCCGCUUCACAAUCGCCAUCUUCCACCACGUCGAGUUCGACCACUGGACCCUCGUCAUCUGGGACAACAACAACGACGAGCUGUACCACUACGACGCCCUGACCCGAGGCCACCGCCAGCGCGCCGAGAUCGCCGCCCGCGCCUGGGAGAGGCUCCUCGAUUCCGCCGGCUGCGGCCGCCCUUUCCUCUUCGUGUCCCCGAGCAGGUCCCGCAGAGCGGACCUUGCCCGCUGGCAGCCUGCCUUUAUCAAGAUGGGCGACAACGUCGAGGGUCUCGUUCAGCGCAGGAGCUCGCACAAGGUGGGUAGCUGGGGCGUCCGCGUGCUGGUGUACACGUUUUUCAGCCACCCGCUGAAUAUCCCACUUUGCAUCGAGAACCCGCUCAUGACGCCCGACCGCUGCCGCGACAUGUACGGCCGCAUCGAGGCCGGUCUGGUCCCGUGGCAGGGCAAUUUCUACAACUUCCUCGAGGAAGACUGUCGCCAGACCCUCGCCGCCGACGCUCGGGUCCUGCGAAACAUCACCGACGCCGCGGCCACGGUGCUGACGGCCGCGCUGCCCGACGGCACGAGGGCCAGCAGCGACGAACUCGUGCGCAGCGUUAUUUACAACCGCGACGUUAGCAAGGUGGACACGCUGCUGCCCGAGGGCUUCAAGGCUCUCCCUCGUACGUAUAACACCCCCGACAUGGAGAUUAUCGACCUCACCGACGAGGUGGAUUCGAGCACCCAGUCUUCGAGUCUCUACACCGAGUCCGUGACCACUGUGACUAGCUCGCAGGGGGAUGUGGUACUGACGAUCAGGUCUGGUCCGAACUGCAUCGACCCUGCUAUCCUUGGUGACCAGAGCGCGAUUAACGAUGCGGUGGCUGUCCCUUCCAAGAAGCGUGGUUUCUCGGACAUGGUGGAAUUUGUCGAGGAUGAGAAAGCGGGCUCAGUGCCUAACCGUCAACGUUCCGCGCCAGGUCCCUCUGGUGACGGCGUCGCUCCCAAGGGCGGCUCUUAUGUAGGUCAUCAGAAACGCUACGAUCUGAACACUAUCAACGAGGAAAAGGAAACAGACUCUUCAGAUGAGAACGAGCGGCAGCCGAUGCUUCGCUAUUUUGGGCAACGGAUCAGCAAGCCAUUUUUGAAGCGCAAGGAGGAUUCAAAGUCGGGGUGCUACGUCAUGUGA